GUCCUUGCGUUACCGGUGGCCGGAGAGGGGCUCAGUCAGUUGCCUUUGUUUUUCUCGUGCGGGUGGAUGUGGAACCUUUGAAGAGCCGGAGGUUUUGUGAUGCCGUGGCCAAACCUGCUAAGGUCUCGGAAUGCGUGAGGAUGUAAACACUAGUAAACACUAGUGGUGACCGCAAUUGAUGCAUUAGUUCCCGCAAAGUUCAAGGCGAAGUGUUCACGUUUUAUUUAUUUUUUUACUCGUAUGCGUCAUCGGCGACUGGGACGUCCAAAGGUCUCGCCCGCAUCAUCAGAUCCGCUUUCUCGACCCCCAAGAUUCAAAAGGAAAGCUUGCUCAGCUGUUCUGUAGUUCGGCCCGUGCACACCGUGGGCCCGCGCGAUAACACGCACCGGACUUCUCGAGUUUCGCAAUAUGACUCGCGCAUGAUCAGCAGAUCGAAAAGCUCGCUUGCAUUGACGACAAUGGAUGAAGGAAAAUGCUCGGAGCUGUUGUCGCUCAUCGAGGACAAUGUGGAUUUCUUCGAGAGCGCGCAGUCGGACCUCGGACAACGCUUCUCGAACCAGUUCGGCGAUCUUCACGACGCGGUCACGCAACUUCGUGACGACUGCGCGCUGAUCGCUGGCAAGGCCCACCUCUACGAUUUCGACGCCGAAACGCCCGGCAACGGAUACAGGACGUGUCUGAUCAUAGUGAACAGGUUUCUCCCCAUAUGCAUCAAGCUCUGCCGGCAUGUUGUGGCCAGCCGGGACUCGAUGUUCUUCAGGUCGGAGUUUUACCAGAAAGAGCUGGAGGCCCAUCUCAGCGUGGUCGCGGGAAUGCAAGUGAGCGCCCAGUUUUUGCGCCGAAUGCUCGACGUUGGAACAGUGGGCGAUUUGUUUGUCGGUGAAAAGCUGAGCAUCAAGGAACUCCUAGAGGAGUACGGAUCUCUUCCUCAAGUCGGCUUCUACGGAAGACUGGCGGGCUUUUAUUUCUGCGAGUCAAUGCGGCGAAUCAUCACCGGCCUCAACAUAGUCAUGGCUUCAUUCAGCGACCAGUACCGCCAGUCGGGAGGGGCGCUUGCCCACGCUGCAGCCUCGCUCAUCAACUGUGGCAAGUACACCUUGAACCCGGAGGCAAGAGCCAAUCACAUCGUGGAUGUCACUCAGAAUGCAUCCCUGGACUUCCUCAAGGCUUUCUGGAGCCUCAACGAAGGAGAACUACUCAAGCGUGUGCCCCAAUGGAUCUGUCCAUCACUGGAUGUGUGCGAAGUGGUGACGGUGCCCUCAAAGAUGCAGAGGUUGCCAACUGAAAACGGACUGGCCUGGGUGGACAUCCCUGUGCCUUCUUCUCACCUGCCAAAGGCUCCUGUUCGCUGCCGACUGCUUUCUUAUCGGUGGAGAAAAGGACAGGAGGCAGUCACAGGCAGCCGAUGGUUUUCUAGUCCGUCUCCACCAUCCAAGGGUCUGCUGCUUCACUGCCAUGGCGGUGGGUUCGUGUCCCAAACUCCUGACUCUCAUGAGAUCUACCUAAGGGACUGGGCAAAGGACCUUGACGUACCCAUCCUAACAGUCGACUACUCGCUCUCCCCGGAAGCACCUUUCCCUCGGGCCCUUGAGGAGGUGUUACACGUCUAUGCCUGGGCUCUACUCAACCAUGAAAAGCUCGGUUGGACCGGUGAAAAUAUUUGUGUGGCUGGUGACAGUGCCGGAGGGAACCUGAUGCUGGCCCUCUGCCUCAAAACCAUAGAGCUCAACAUUCGGCGUCCCAGCGGAGUGUUUGCGGCAUAUACACCCGUCAUGCUGAGCAUGGCACCGUCACCGUCGAGAAUUCUGUGUGCCGUGGAUCCUCUGCUCCCUCUUGGCUUCAUGCUGACUUGUCUUCACGCAUACAUCGGCUGUGCCAGUGAACCAGACAUCAAACUGUGUCCCAAAGCUCCUCCAGAGAAGCCAGCCCGUCGUAAAGGUGUAACGGAAAUCGGUGCAUUCGAUUCCAGCCACAGUUCUGCAGAAACUGUUCACAUUUCCAGCAUGCCGCCUGCACCAAAGAGUGAUGUGGAUACGGGAAACUCCGAGAGCAUCUCUCCAACCAUGAAGGCCAAGAUGCCUCUGACGCGCACGAAGAAUGUUGUGCAGCUAGAAGUGGCAGGAGAACUGCCCAGCCAGUACCUCUGUCGCUUUGCGUCUCAGUGUGACGAGACGGACGCCCCGUGCCAGGCCGACCGGCACGAGGACGAACACGUGGUGCUGGAGAUGCCUGUGGAUCUGACGUUUCCGGUGCGUAAUCGGUGCUGUCGUGCAGCCACGUACUGGGUGCGGGCGCUGGUGACCGUGCUCAGUGCCAGCCACUUGUACCAGAGGCACGUGCUCGCCAACUGGGAGCUGCUCUGUGGCCAGAAUGGCAAGAAGAGGAAAGGUCUGGCCGUUCCGUGGUUUCGGAGGGCCUCGCGCUUCGACCGCAAGUUCCAGACCAUGAAGAUUCUGGCAAGCAACCCGUUCAUCUCGCCCUACCUCGCCCCAAGCUGGAUGCUCCAGAGAAUGCCACCUUGCUACUUUGUGGGCCUUCACCUGGACCCCACCUUGGACGACCUCGUCAUGCUGUCAAAAAGGUUGAAGGCAGCAAACCGCUAUGUGCAGCUUGAAAUAUUGGACAACCUCCCGCACGCUUUUCUUAAUUUUCUGCCCUUUUGCAAAGAAGCUCAUGAAGGUUCCAAGAGGUGUGUUGAGAUGAUCAAGCAGGCACUCUGUAUUGAAGUGCCAUGAUGUACAGUGACUUCUUAACUUAAGCUCUUAGUAAUCAUGCCAAAUGGUGUACAGUUGCGUGCAUUGCAUAUGCUUCUUGCAUUCCCAGUGCUGAAGGUGAAUCUAUGGCUUCUCUAUGAGCAGCAUUGCUUUAUCUGCCCUGUGACUCAAUUUUUUUUAUGGAUUUUAAUGUCAUUUUUCUUUUUACCUCAAUGCACUACAGCUGUUCCUUUAAUUUAUCGUAUGACCUAUUGUACUAAAUAUUAAUAGUGAGGACAGGUACAGGUGCACCAGGCUGGCUCUUGGUACACUUACAUAUUUUUGUAUACAUCUUGUAGAGUUUUAAGUGAACAACCUAUAUAACAAUUUGCUCUCUUGAGCAGAGGUGGGCGCUUAUGUUAUUUAGAGGUAGAAACUGUAGAGCUGCUGUGACAGCUAUGAAAUGGCACAUUUGAUUUUUAUGAGAGGUUAAUGGGAUUAAACAAAAAUAUUCUUACAUUUUUUAAAAGAAAUAUGUAUAUUUUUAAGCGCAUUACUACGUAUUUUUUUAUGUUGACCAGUAAAUGCGACAGAAGCACCAUUGCCACCUAUUGUCUACCUCACUAGCUACAAUGGCACGGCUACCUUUAUUUUUAAAAUGGUACAAGAAUAAAACAUUUUUUAAGAAAGUG